AAGAAAGUGCACCCGUCGAACGGACGUUGCAGCGCGAGCAGCUGGCGUGCGUCGAGCCAUCAACACCCGCCGACGUCAUUUCCCAACUCGCCGUUUUCCGCCCUCGUAAUGGACAUGAAUGCCAACGGAGCCUUCCACCUGCCCCGCCCGAUGCCGGCAGCGCGUCUCUCGUUGUCCAGUCCCGCGCUUGUCUUUGUGCACUUUCGCGAGCCAUCGAGCCAUGAAGAGCUGCUCAACUCGAUGCUCCAGCACGCGCUCUCGUCGGUCCUCGGCGGCUCGGAGCUCGGGCUCUCGAGUCUCCUCGACGAUCUCUUUAUCAAUGCGACGAUGCAGACGCCGCAGCCAGGCCCACCCAAAACAAGCAAGCGCUUCUUGAGCGACCUCAAGGAGCAGUGGUGGUCGGCGGUCGAAGCGUCGGGUACCGCGACAAACACCGACUGCCCCAUUUGCCUCUCAGACUUCAAGGCCGCCGACUGCGUCGUGCAGCUGCCAUGUCGCCAUACCUUUCACACGCCGUGCGGCCUCCCGUGGCUUCAAGAACACAACGUGUGCCCGACGUGUCGCUUUGCACUGCCGACGGAAGCCGACGACGCCAAGGCGUCCAAAGACGACACUUCCGACGACGUACCAACCCUAAAUGCGACGCUACCGGGUGCUGUCAUGGACAAUGAUGGCGAUGACGAUGCUGCGUUGGAGGCAGCGGCCGAUGCGCUCGUGCACGAGCGUCAAGACGACGUUAUGGCCGACGAAGUCCUUGAUGAGAUCAUGGACGCCGAGGCGGCCGAGGUUGUCGAGGAGCGCCGGCUGUCGACGAUGGAUGCAUUGCUUGAGGACGUCCUCUUACACGACACUGUCGAGUAAGCGCGACCUCCUAUUUAAAGCAUGCUAGUCUAUUAGUCUAUUCUCUUGCCCGUGUCCCACUGUUGCGGGUCUUGCAUUGCAGCACAUUAUUGUCGUCGUUGUCGUAGACAACUUUGUUAUUCGUUAAUUGUCAAUAGAGUUGUCGUUUCGAGCUCA